GCUUCGACGCCUGUCUGCGAGCAGCACUUCCACUUGUGUUCACACCGUUGUUGUUGCUGCUCACUAUUUGACAUUUUAUAUCGCAAUAUCUUUAUUUAGGCGUGUGCGUAGACGGUGAACACAUUACAGGACGAUUUGACAUUCAAGCGAUGACGGCCGCCAAUGAGUACAAACUGAACCAGACGCCGGAGGAUGGCAUCUCGGCUGUAAAGUUUAGUCCCAGUGCAUCCCAGUUCCUGCUGGUUUCGUCCUGGGACUGCACUGUUCGUCUCUAUGAUGUUGCAAACAACACGAUGCGGAUGAAGUACCAGCACACUGCACCGGUUCUUGAUUGUGCUUUCUAUGAUCCAACACACGCUUGGAGUGGAGGUUUGGAUGCUCAGAUAAAAACACAUGACUUGAACACAGACCAAGACACAAUAGUGGGAACACAUGACGCCCCUAUUCGUUGUGUGGAAUAUUGCCCCGAAGUUAACGUAAUGGUUACGGGCAGCUGGGACAAGUCAGUUCGUGUUUGGGAUCCACGCACACCAUGCCAUGCUGGAACAUUUAGUCUGCCAGAGAAGGUGUACACACUGUCAGUGGCAGGAGACAGGCUGAUUGUUGGCACCGCUGGUAGACGUGUCCUGGUGUGGGAUCUGAGAAACAUGGGCUAUGUCCAGCAAAGGCGAGAGUCCAGUCUAAAGUACCAGACACGUUGCAUUCGAGCGUUCCCCAACAAGCAGGGCUACGUCCUCAGUUCAAUCGAGGGUCGUGUCGCUGUGGAGUACCUGGACUUGAGCCAGGAGGUUCAGAAGAAGAAGUACGCCUUUAAAUGCCACCGACUGAAGGAGGAGGGGAUCGAACACGUUUACCCCGUCAAUGCCAUCUCGUUUCACAGCGUUCACAACACGUUUGCCACUGGUGGCUCCGACGGAUUUGUGAAUAUCUGGGAUCCGUUCAACAAGAAACGUCUCUGCCAGUUCCACCGCUACCCCACCAGCAUCGCCUCGCUCUCCUUCAACAACGAUGGCACCCUGCUCGCCAUUGCAGCCUCUUACAUGUACGAGAAGGGCGACAUCAGCCACCCGGAGGACUCCAUCGUAAUUCGCCAAGUUACAGAUGCUGAAACUAAGCCUAAGUGAGUCCAAGCCCCAGACCAAGUGUCAGUUUGUCCCACUUGUGGCUUAUCAAUGUCUCUAACUCCAAGUUCUAUGUUCAACUGCUCACGGCUGCAGAUAAGAUUUAGACAGUUUGUUUUUCAUAAGCAUUUCAUAACGUUUCACUUGGCUACAACAGAAGAAUUCUACCCACUGCCCAAAUGCUCAUUGUAACAUGCCGCUCAUCAAUAGCUGUGUAAUAAAAACUGCCACUGUUUACACUGACAUGUCAAAUGUUUUAACACCUGAGACCAUUAAGGGCUAAGUUAAGACAGCAUGAGGAUUGUCUCAAUAACAUUGUUGGGUUCAAUAAGUUAUUUCUUCCUACUUAAAUGUCAGUUUGUGAUCAAAUUACUACAACUUUUGUAAUUAGAGUGGAAUGACCUUGUGUGAGUUAGUGGGCGUUUUGUUCAGAAAGACACUUUUAAUGUGCAUCUUUUAGUCAUUUUAGGAUGAGAAAGUUCAUGAGGUUCUCUGUGGGCCCUAUUUAACAUUAUAGAUAUGUGAAAGCCAACUGUGUUAUGUUCCAUAUGUUAAAAGAGACGACAAAAAACUACAAAACUUUGGUGUUUGGGAUUCACCUGCGUCCAAUAUUUGUGUUGAAGUUAAUGGAUCUUUCCAUUUCUUGGUUCGCAGGUCAACUUAAGUCUGCCUUUGUUUGGUUCCCUCUGCUUUUGAAGCCAGUGUUCAGGUUAACGGCUGGCGUCCUGUUAAACUUUACUAUAAAGCCCUGUCUUUCCCUUCUUUUACAGUUUUCUUUUUCCUCUGUGUCUUUUUAAUGUCUUUAAUAAUAUUCCCCUCCUCUCUGUUAAAUAUUUCAUUGUGUCGGUAAAUUCAUAUUCUAAAUAAAUCUUUGUUUUUUUUCCA